AUGAAGCCUUUGAAAUCUCUCUUCUCCCGCAGCUCGGAUGCGAAAGCUGCGACUCAAGUGGCGCCAGCGUCCUCCGCUUCUACAGCAGUCCCAAGCCACUCCGGCUCGGUCGUCGAGGCAGAGAAGGAGACCGCAUCUCCACAAGAUGAAGCUCCCGCUUCACAGAUGAUGGCCAGCCCGAAUGAAAAGACAGCCCCUGAAGCACUAGCAUCUCCACGAAAUGAAAAAGCUUCCACCUCACAGGUGCCGGCUGGCCCAAGCGAGGAGACUCCCCUAGAAACACAAGAUGCAACAGAUGGGCAAGAAGUGUCAUCUGAAACAAUAGAAAAUGACGACAGCGCUGGAGUAACCUAUCUCUCAGGGUUUCCUCUGGCAAUCGUUGUCAUCGGCUUGUGCCUCGCUGUUCUCCUGGUUGCACUGGAUAAUACGAUUAUUGCCACCGCUAUCCCCAGGAUCACAGACCAUUUCAAAGCCCUAGAGGAUGUGGGCUGGUAUGGCAGCUCGUACCUCUUAACAACCUGCGCCUUCCAAUUGAUGUUCGGGAAAUUCUACAGCUUCUACCCAGUCAAAUGGGUUUUCUUAUCCGCAAUCCUGAUCUUCGAGAUCGGCUCCGCCAUCUGCGGUGCUGCGCCUACUUCGGAGGCCUUGAUCGUCGGCCGUGCCAUUGCUGGCAUUGGCUCUGCGGGCAUAUUCAGCGGUGCCAUGAUCAUCAUCACCUACUCUAUCCCACUGGAAAAACGACCCAUGUACAACGGCGUAUUGAGCAGUAUGUACGGCAUUGCCUCGGUGGCUGGCCCAUUGAUGGGUGGUGCCUUUACCGAUCAUGUCUCCUGGAGGUGGUGCUUUUACAUCAACCUCCCCAUCGGCGCCGUCACCAUUCUCGCCAUUUUUGUUUUCCUCCAGCACCCCAAACAGACGCUGAAGAAGCCGGACUCAUGGAAGGGCCAGCUGGCGCAGCUGGAUCCCUGGGGAACCGUAACCUUCAUGCCUGGUAUCGUCUGCUUGCUUCUUGCGCUCCAGUGGGGGGGGACCAAGUACAAUUGGGGUAACGCCCGCAUCAUCGUCCUGUUCAUCCUCUUCGGUAUUCUUAUUAUUGCGUUUGUCGUCAUCCAGAUCUGGAAGGGAGAAAAUGCAACCGUCCCGCCACGCAUAGUGAUGAAACGCAGCAUGGCCUUCGCAAGCUUUUUCGCCUUCACCCUCGGCGCCUCGUUCUUCAUCCUGGUCUUCUACCUCCCGAUCUGGUUCCAGGCGAUCAAGAUCGCCUCCGCAACCAAGUCCGGAGUCAUGACAAUUCCUAUGGUCCUUACCCUCGUGAUCGGCUCCAUCAUCGGCGGUCUUUUCAUUUCGCUAAUUGGAUACUUCACCCCAUUCUUUUACAUUUCCGCUGUGCUUAGCACCGUCGGCGCGGCUAUGCUCACCACCUUCAAAACAGACACCGGCUCCCCGAAAUGGAUCGGCUAUCAGGUCAUCUACGGCCUCGGAGUCGGACUCGGGUUCCAGCUCCCCAUCCUCACGCCGCAGGUGGUCCUGGACAUCGACGAUGUCGCCGUUGGGAUCGUCGUGACGAUGUUCUCGCAGCUCCUUGGCGGCGCGCUCUUCAUCUCCGUCGCCCAGAACAUCUUUACCAAUAAACUUUCCAAGGGUAUCAUGAUUGCGGCGCCCGGGGUGGAUCCAAAGGCCGUCUUGGGUCAAGGUGCCACGUCGCUCACGAAAGUGAUUCCGCCUCAAUUCCUCGACGCGGCGCAGGUGGCGUAUAACAAGGCCUUAACACAAACGUGGUACGGCGUUGUUGUCAUGUCGGCGCUGGGCAUUAUUGGAGCCUUCGGUGUUGAGUGGAAAAGCGUGAAAGGGAAGAAUCUUAGUGCUUCGGCUGCUUAG